AUGCAUUUGAAAAAACCUUUUCCUUUAGUCGCUUUAACCAUUUUCAUGGUUUCUUUCUUGGAGGCUACUACCUACGCUAAAUAUUUCGAAAGAGAUAAUGAAGAAAAACAAUGUCCACGAGCCAUGCUUACGGCUACUUCUGAAUCGGAUAUAAAGGGCCAAAUGACAUUUUAUCAAAAUACCGAUGGAGAAAUAUGGCUUACUGGUGUUUACCAAUACGGAUUCCAAGAUCCAGACAAUUGGGAUUACGACUGGACAAUUCGAAAUGGAUGUGGUGAUAUGCUUUUUAAUCUCACCGAUUGGCUCUAUAUGGAUUUUGUUAAGGAUAGUGGAUGUGAUGGUUACUCUGAUGAUUCUAAAAAAAAAGAUUUCAAAACGAGUCGUUAUCUUAAUAGGAGAAAUGGACAUCAUCCAUCUGAAAAAUGUGAUAUCGGGCCAUGGGGAACCAAACCAAUUGUUAUUCAAGUUGAUGAAUUAACCUGGGAUUGUGAUGAAAAAGGUGUCAAAUAUAAAACAUGUAAUGAUAAGGAUAUCUACAAAGACCAAGUAAUUAAUUACGAUGAUGAAAAACUUCCGAAACGACUUGAUGAUCAAGGACCGGAAACUGGCUUGUAUCUCAUAAUUGAUGGUGAAAGCAAAUCAGGAAAACGUGCUAAAAGUCAAUCCGUUGCUGCGAUUAACAUUAAUGAUUGCGGCGGCGAAGGCAAAUCAUCACCUACUCCUAAUCCAGAACCUAAACCAUCUCCUCCACCUUAUCCACAACCCACACCUCCUCAAGGAACUAAUGCACCUACAAGAACGACUAUAACU